CCAACACUGCCUUCAACUGCAAUGCUAUACUACUAAUCGAGGCGUCACUCCGGGAUCUCAUCAAUUUGAAUCAAUUACAAUCAUAUACUUCCAUCGCCACUAUUUCACGGGGUAAUUGUUUCAAGUGGACCAGUUGAAUGCGCCACAGUGACUACGUAUCAACUGGACCAACGAAGGACUAACACCGAUCCGAAACACGCCUUGAAUUCAUUCGCUGGCCAGAGCCUCCUUGAACAAGCGGAGCUGCUAGUAACACAUUUGCUGCGUUUGCUGCGAGUUACACCGCAAACAUGGCUACAGAUCGCUUCCCCGCCCCUCCCACGGAAGCUCCCACGUAUCUGCAGCAGGCGCCCACCAAUGGUAUUUAUACAGCCCCGUCGCACAAAAGACAGCCGUCCCAUGUCGUGAAGUCCGCUGCGCCGGAUUACUACGAGGAUAACGACUUUUACGCCAACCCCAACAAUUCAAGGCCACCGCCGCCCUAUCCAGCCAAUUCUAGCAGGAUUCAAAGCCACCAUAGGUCGCGCUCAUAUUCUACCAGAAGCAAAAGCUACAGGAGAGACGUGUAUCCAGAAGACAACAUGGAAGAAGGAGAGAAUCUCCCAACGCCGGACCGCCCAGUAUGGUCUGAAAAGCGCUCGAAAUCAUCGGCCACGAGAGCUGAUAAGCACGGCGCUGAGGCACACAAGGCCUCUUUAUCCUCAAAUAGUCAGCCAUCCCCAGUAAGUCGGUCGAGCACGGUCCGCUCUGCAACCGAACAGCGACGGGACUGGGCAUCCGAUCGCUCGCCGCUCCAAAAGCUCGAGACCACUUAUACGGGUGCGAGCAAGGAGGAGAAGCGGGCACGCGCUCUAGAGGCUGAAAUGAAACUGAGGGAACGGAUGAAACGGCAGACCGAAAGUCGUGCAACAGCAAUGGCGCAGCCUUCUGAAUCACUAGAGAGCGUGGAUAAGAGAGCAGUCCCUGGACGAAUGGCCGAGCCAAGACCGGCACAGGGAGCAAAGCGAUCGCAUCAUCGGCAUGCGGCUUCUGAAGGACACACUGGAUACAGCCCCGAAGGGCCAGAAUCUUCCGAAAGAGCCAGGCCGCCUCGCAGCCGAAUGCCACCUUCACAAGACGCCGCAGAGCGCGCUUUUGACGAGAUUCAGGACUUCAAUGGGGGUCGGCCAGACGGGCCGAUGGCACGAACCGGCACCGCUCCGAGGCGAACGGUAUCUGUGAGCCACCCUCCGCAAGGACCACCGAUGGGCCCGCGAGCAAUGAAUCAGGGCAAACAACGAGAUGCACAACCGUAUCCACCUAGUUCUUCAGCUCCCGACUCGGCGUUUCCUGAUCAAUCUAGAAUGACUGUCCCGGCCAGGAAGGCCGUUCCAAUUCAGCCCAGCACCCGUGCGCCACCAGUUGCCAACCCGGCGGCUUAUCAAACUAAGUCGUCCCCACAACUUAUCCCGGAGAGGGGGCCUUCUAUGCAAGGACCGACUACCCAGCAGGGAGUGUUAAAGAAUCCUACUGGAACAGCACCUGCCAAGCCUAGCGUAGACAGUGGACUGGAUGUGAACAACCCAAUAAUGCCUUCUGCUCCAGCGGAGACAAAUGUGCCGUCCAAGCCCAAGGUCUCGUUUAACGUGCCCCCGCCAACGCCGCCUCCUCUCUCUGAAUGGAGGACUGCAGCUAUAGCUAGGUUGGGAGCCUCUGAUUUCGACUUCCAACGUUUUGAUGCCGAUCGGAGUAAGGCCUGGUGGGAAACUGGCGAAAGCAGCAACCGCAGACUCAGUCGGGCCCUGCCCAACAGCUUUGCCCAGAAGCCGUCAGCUCAGAAGCCAACAAGUAACAAGCGCUUUCAGCCAUCAAUCUUCUUACAAAGCGGACCUCUGCUCCGCUACGCUGGCUUGAAGCGGGUCCGAAUUGAUGGUCCCAAUGGGCCAUUUAACAAGGAGACCUGGAGAGGCAGUGUCCUAAUCGUUACACAAGACUCACUCUCCUCCUAUGAGCCGCGUCCAACGUUGAGGGUGUUUGCUCAGCCCAUGGACCUUCUUGCUCCUCCGCCCGUCCAGGUAGGAGGGGAAGAUUCUCAACUGGCACCCGAGUACGUUGACCCAACCGCAGGAUUGAUGAAGUUGGGCCGGGACGGACGACCUCUGUAUGUCAAGCCUGUAGAGCAUACUGCGGAAGGAGAAGAUCUGUCAUUUGUUGAAAAUGACGACGGAAUCUUUGAAUUGUCCCCCAGUAUUAUGGACUAUAGCAGUGAAGGUGUCAAACAGCCGGUCCCGGCCAAUCGCAUCCACUCCAUGGACGGAGAGACUGCUGGAAGCUACAAGGAAAUCACAGGCGCUCGUCUCUAUGCUGAUCCCGGACGGGACGUCACGUUCUGGAAAUUCAACAUUGAGAUUGAGUUGGGCCCGACUCAGCAGCGGGUCGCGUACCGUCUGAAUCAUGGACCGGCUCUAGGCUUUUGGGUGCCAGCCAGGGGACAGUCAAUGAACAUUAUGUUCCAUACCGGCAAUGGAUUCAGCCCCGCGGUAGACUCUAACAAGCUCAGCGGCCCAGACCCUCUCUGGCGAGAUGUCCUGAAUGAGCACCAGACUCGUCCUUUCCACGUCAUGAUUGGUGGUGGCGAUCAGAUUUUCAAUGACAAGGUAAUUGCGGAAACCGCCCACUUCCAGGAAUGGGUCAAGAUCAAGAAUCUGGGCGAGAAAUACGAGGCGCCCUUUACUGCAGAGUUCAAGGCAGAACUGGAAGACUUCUACCUGGAGAAUUAUGCCUCUUGGUUCUCGCAAGGAUUGUUCUCCCUCGCCAACUCCCAGAUCCCUAUGGUCAAUAUGUGGAAUGACCACGAGAUCAUCGAGGGAUUCGGCUCCUACCCGGAGGAAUUCAUGAACUCGCCCGUCAUCUCGGGACUAGGCAAUAUUGCGUUCAAGUACUACUUGCUUUUCCAGCAUCAUAGUGUCCCGGAAGAAACUGAAACUGAGGAGCCUAGCUGGCUGCUUGGUGCCAAGCCAGGACCUUAUAUCAAUCAACGCAGUCGGCAUCUGUUCAUGUCGCUGGGUGACGGAGUAGCUUUCCUCGGUUUGGAUUGCCGAACAGAACGAAUGACCGACGAGAUUAUUUCGGAAGAAACUGGUGAAUUGAUCUGGGAUAGAUGCCACCAGGAGAUAGUUCGAAACGAAACCCGACACUUGAUUGUGUCCCUGGGCAUCCCCCUGGCGUAUCCACGAGCCAUGGUCAAGAAUAUCCUCAACAGCCGGAAGUCGCUUGGAAAAGCAGGGCUUUUCGGCGGUUUUGUGAACAAGAAUGGCGCCAAAGUCGAGAUCUUCGAUGAUCACUGGACCUCUAAGCGGCACAAGGCUGAGCGGACAUAUCUGAUCGAGGACCUUCAGGACCUUGCGGCAGAGAAAUCCGUCCGGGUGACCAUUCUAAGCGGCGACGUGCAUCUGGCGGCGAUCGGCCAGUUUUACUCCAAUCCCAAGUUGGACGUGCCCAAAGACCGAGACUAUCGAUACAUGCCAAACGUCAUAUCUUCAGCAAUCGCUGACAUGCCCGAGACGGAGAUGAUAUCCGACAUGCUCAACAAGCGCAACCGCGUGCAUCAUAUGGACACCAACACGGACGAAGAUAUGGUUCCCAUCUUUACCCAUGAUGUGAAUAACAAGCCCCGGAACAACAAACGGUUGCUCCCACGCCGAAAUUGGUGUUCUAUUCGGGAGUACAAGCCUGGUAAGUUGCCCCACAUUUAUUAUGGCGUCUUAAGACGAGACCUGCAUGACGCUUCGGUGUCUGACCGAUUGAUAGGCACCACGCCACCCGGAACGCCGCCCGAUGCCCCAGCUGAGGAAGAACCCCGACCCGCCAAGCUCAAGAGAACAUUGUCUCUCACUCGCGGGGAGAAGCCUCCCCGGACCGGGCUCCUGCGACGACUCUCCCUUCGGGGCCCGCCUCCCACCAAAGAUUUCAAUCUGGGAGAGGCACCACCUGCGCGUCGGAUGAGCAUGGACGGGGCUUUCCCGACCGCAGACACAGAUGAUGCAGGUGAACCCAAGCCCGGCCCGUUCCUGCGACGACCCACCAACCUCAGUCAGAAGUCCAAACGGGGUGAUGAUGGGCUCGGGGCGUUGAUCAAUCUGGAAGGUGGCCUGGCUAUCACGCUUAAUCUCGAGCUAAACCCCAAGGAUCCGGCGGGGAUCACGACGCCAUACAAGUUGCUCGUGCCAAUUCUACGCUACGAAGACAUGGAGUACGAUCCGCCUGCGGCAUCAGUGCCGAAAGGGUGGAAGAAAUGGCUGGGAGUGCGACGCAAGAAGGCCGACAAAGCGCCGGUGGAAGAUACCGACGUCGAGCAGGGCAUGACGGAUGAGGAAGACGAGGACGAUGGGUUUGAUGACGAAGAUGAUGUGCGAGCGAGGUUCGAGAUUGCUCAAGGAGGCGUGUUGCCGCCGGAGACACUGGUGCCUGUGAGUCCGGAUGCGGGAGAGAUGGGAAUGGGGGGAGGAGAAGAAGAGAAUAAGGAGGUGCCUAAACGGAAAAAGUGGUUUGGGCGAUCCAAAUAGAAGGGAGAGAGGUUCGAGAUGCUUUAUGAUGAGUGAUAUGAUUCCACGAGUGACGACUGAAUAAUGUAUUCUUUAUUUAUUCUUGUUCAUAUAUGACAAUGAUGUGAUCUGAUGCUAUUCCCGACCCUUUCCAUUGAUAACUAAAUGACAUA